AUGGAUCCUCUUCCGCAAGAAGUCGACGAUUACAUCAGAGAGUCGAUUGACCACACCCUCGGCAUCCCCGUGUCGGCACAGACUCUCGAAUUGAAGAAGCUCCGGUGCUCGGAAGCCACGAAGCGACGGCUGCGCGACCAGUACACGGCCGAAGCUUGUAUGAACGCUCAGGCUUUGAGGAAGUUUGUGGAGGAGAAUCAGAGACUAGCGGCAGAGUGUGCGCAUCUGGUGAGUCAGUGUAACAAGUUGGAGAAGGAGUGCUCGCUCUGUGAUCAUGACCGAGAGGCUUUAAUGGAUUUCGGAAGCGAGGCAGACCAGAGGGCCAACGAGGCUGAGUUUCGGGUCGAAGUGUUGGAGGAUGAACUGGGAGAAUUGAGGGAAGAAUUGAAGUUUUACAAGGAAUGA